GGAGGAGGCCUCAGCCAUAGAACUGGCCAGAGGGACCCAAGGGAUAGUCGGAGACAGACAGACAUGCGGCCCGGGCUCUGGGGCCUGGACAGGGGCAGCCAGGCCCCGUGACAGGAAGACCCCGAGCUCCGGCCCGGGGAGGGGCCAUGGUGCUGCCUGCCCACCAUGUCAGCCGAGGUGCGGCUGAGGCAACUCCAGCAGCUGGUGCUGGACCCCAGCUUCCUGGGGCUGGAGCCCCUGCUCGACCUUCUCCUGGGCGUCCACCAGGAGCUGGGCGCCUCCCACCUAGCCCAGGACAAGUAUGUGGCCGACUUCUUGCAGUGGGUGGAGCCCAUUGCAGCAAGGCUUAAGGAGGUCCGACUGCAGAGGGAUGACUUUGAGAUUCUGAAGGUGAUCGGGCGCGGGGCAUUCAGUGAGGUAGCGGUGGUGAGGAUGAAACAGACGGGCCAGGUGUAUGCCAUGAAGAUCAUGAAUAAGUGGGACAUGCUGAAGAGAGGCGAGGUGUCGUGCUUCCGGGAAGAAAGGGACGUGUUGGUGAAGGGGGACCGGCGCUGGAUCACGCAGCUGCACUUCGCCUUCCAGGACGAGAACUACCUGUACCUGGUCAUGGAAUACUACGUGGGCGGGGACCUGCUAACGCUGCUGAGCAAGUUUGGGGAGCGGAUCCCUGCCGAGAUGGCGCGCUUCUACCUGGCCGAGAUUGUCAUGGCCAUAGACUCGGUGCACCGGCUGGGCUACGUGCACAGGGACAUCAAACCAGAUAACAUUCUGCUGGACCGGUGUGGGCACAUCCGUCUGGCCGACUUUGGCUCCUGCCUCAAACUACAGCCUGACGGAACGGUGAGGUCGCUGGUGGCCGUGGGCACCCCGGACUACCUGUCUCCUGAGAUUCUGCAGGCUGUGGGCGGAGGGCCUGGGGCAGGCAGCUAUGGACCCGAGUGUGACUGGUGGGCGCUGGGCGUGUUCGCCUACGAAAUGUUCUACGGGCAGACACCCUUCUACGCCGACUCCACAGCGGAGACUUAUGCCAAGAUUGUGCAUUACACGGAACACUUGUCUCUGCCUCUGGCAGACACGGGUGUCCCCGAGGAAGUUCAAGAUCUCAUUCGGAGGUUGCUAUGCCCUGCUGAGAUAAGGCUAGGCCGAGGUGGGGCAGGUGACUUCCAGAAGCACCCUUUCUUCUGUGGCCUUGAUUGGGAGGGUCUCCGAGACAGUGUGCCCCCCUUUACACCAGACUUCGAGGGUGCCACGGACACCUGCAACUUUGAUGUGGUGGAGGACCAGCUCACUGCCAUGGUGAGCGGGGGCGGGGAGACCCUGUCGGACAUACAGGAAGACAUGCCGCUUGGGGUCCACCUGCCUUUCGUGGGUUACUCUUACUCUUGCAUGGCCCUCAGAGACAGUGAGGCCAUGGACCCCGCCCCUAUGGAACUGGAGGCCCUGCAGUUGCCUGAGGCAGACUUGCAAGUGCUCAACUUGGAGCCCCCAGUGCCCCCACCGGAUCAAGUGGCCGAAGUGCCCGACCCAGCGGCUGGUGACCCAGCGGCUGUCCCCGCUGUUGCCGCCACAGCAGAGGCGGGGACCGUGGUGACGCUGCGGGAGCUCCAGGAAGCCCUGGAGGAGGAGGUUCUCACCCGGCAAAGCCUGAGCCGCGAGCUGGAGGCUAUCCGCACUGCCAACCAGAACUUCUCCAGCCAACUGCAGGAAGCCGAGGUCCGGAACCGAGACCUGGAGGCUCACGUUCGGCAGCUGCAGGAGCGGAUGGAGAUGCUGCAGGCCCCCGGAGCCGCAGCUGUCAUGGGGGUCCCCAGUCCCUGGGCCACGGAUCCACCUUCCCAUCUAGAUGGCCCCCCGGCCGUGGCUCUGGGCCAAUGCCCGCUGGUGGGGCCGGGCCCCGUGCACCGCCGUCACCUGCUGCUCCCUGCCAGGGUCCCUAGGCCUGGCCUAUCCGAGGCGCGUUGCCUCCUCCUGUUCGCCGCUGCUCUGGCUGCUGCCGCCACACUGGGCUGCACUGGGUUGGUGGCCUAUACCCCGGUCUGGUGUUUCCCGGGAGCCACCUUCGCCCCCUGAACCCUAGGACUCCAAGCCAUCUUUCAUCUAGGCCCCCUUAGAAAGCCGUGUGACCUGGGAACGGCCCAGAAUGUCUCUGUGCCGUCCCCUCUUCUCGCCCAGUCCCCCCCCCCCCCCCCAUUCCUCACUUCUGCGAGCCUGGUUCCCACCCGGCUCCACGCCUGUGAUCCGGGCCCGCCCCCCGGCGGCCGGGGAGGGAGGAGCAGGACCCGUUUGCAGGAACCCGGUUUCUGCAGGGCUGGCGGCCUGAACGCUGCCGCUGCUGCCGGGGCAUUCGCCGACCACCCUUUACUCAGCCCCGACGUGGAUGGGCGAACUGCUCAGCCCAUCCGAUUUCACUUUUCACGCUUCCAGAUAUCGGUCACAAACCAUAAUAAGUCCUUGUGCAUGAGCCCCUGAUCUCUAGGGGACGUCCCAUUCUCACAGCAAACGAUCAGCAGGACCUCUACCAGCUCUCAUGAAAGCCUUUGACUUCCGACAGCUCCGCUCCUGGGGGUUGCUGCGACCCCUUCCUCACGUACAGCCACGGCUGCAAACCCCCCCCCCCCAGCCCAAGGCAGUUUGGGUAUUUAUUGACCUUGUCCUCUGACUCACUGACAGACUCCGGGACCCACGGUUUGGAUGCACUGAGACUCGACAUUCCUCGGUAUUUAUUGUCUGUCCCCACCGACAACCCACCCCCGACCCUUGCGAAUAAAAUACUUUCUGGUCUGCUCUAA